ACUUGGUAGUAUAUAGUAUCUCCUACAUGAAAUUUCGUAAGAUACUAUCAUAAAAGUAUAUACAACAUAUAUUGAUCAUACUAAUCUUUUCCCUUGUUCCCUCAUUCUACUUGACAUAUCAGCUUAAAGUAGCAAGGAAUGGAGAUAGAGGUAGCAAGAAGCAAUGUGGCAGGCGAUGAUCUGGAAAAGGGUAAGACUGUGCAUAAAGGUGAUGAAGAAGCAGAAGGUGUUGCAGUUGCAUAUCUAGUGUGGGAAGAUCUGAGUGUGGUGCUUCCAAACAGAAGGAGGUUGCUGAAUGGGCUUAGCGGCUGUGCGCGACCAGGGAGGAUCAUGGCGGUUAUGGGACCUUCUGGAUCUGGUAAAUCUACCCUUCUUGAUUCUUUGGCAGGUAGACUUUCAGGAAAUGUUAUCAUGACAGGCAAUGUUCUUCUUAAUGGGAGAAAGCAGAGUCUUGAUUAUGGUUUUGUCUCAUAUGUCAAACAAGAAGAUGUGCUUCUUGGUACACUUUCAGUAAAAGAAACUAUUAGCUAUUCAGCACACCUGAGACUACCUGAAUGUUUAAGUAAAGAAGAAGUGAAUACGAUUGUUGAAGAAACAAUCACGGGAAUGGGACUUGAAGAUUGCAAAAAUGGACUUAUAGGAAACUGGCAUUUGAGAGGUAUAAGUGGAGGAGAAAAGAAGAGGGUCAGCAUUGCACUUGAAAUCUUGACAAGCCCAAGUCUGUUGUUUCUUGAUGAACCCACAACUGGCCUUGACAGCGCAUCAGCUUUCUUCGUGAUUCAGUCUCUUAAGAAUAUUGCAUCUGAUGGACGGACAGUAAUUUCAUCUAUUCACCAACCAAGUAGCGAGGUUUUUGCCCUGUUUGAUGAUCUUUUGCUGUUAUCUGGUGGUGAAACUGUCUACUUUGGAGAAGCAAAGAUGGCUCUAGAGUUCUUUGCUGAUGCAGGAUUUCCUUGUCCCAGUAAAAGAAAUCCUUCUGAUCACUUUCUGAGGUGUAUCAAUUCAGAUUUUGAUGCUGUUAAUGAAACUUUGAGGGGGUCCAAAAGAAUAACAGGGCGAGAUUUUCUCAAAUGUGGAGAUCCUUUGGAAAAUAUGCUGAGUGCAGAUAUCAAAGAAAAUCUAGUCAAGAAUUACAAAUUCAAGUAUUCCUCAAGAACUAAAUCUAAUAUUAGAGAAAUCUUAUCAAUUGAGGGACUUUCCAAAGGAUUAAACUGCGGGAGCAGAGCAGGGUGGUUAAAGCAACUCAUAACACUGACCAACCGAUCAUUCGUAAACAUGUCUAGAGACAUAGGAUAUUACUGGCUCCGAAUAUUUAUCUAUAUAGCCCUAUCUUUCUGUGUUGGCUCUGUCUUCUUCAACGUUGGAACCGCUAAUCGUGCAAUAUUGGCUCGCGGAGGUUGUGGUGGUUACAUUACUGGCUUUAUGACAAUCAUGUCCAUCGGAGGCUUCCCUUCUUUUAUAGAAGAAAUGAAGAUUUUUGGAAGGGAGAGACUGAGUGGACACUAUGGAGUUGGAGUAUUUACAAUUUCAAACUUCAUGGCCUCAUUUCCCUUCUUGGCUGUCAUGUCACUUGGUACAGUAACAAUCACAUAUAACAUGGUGGGAUUUCAACCAGGAUUCACGCAUUUUCUGUACGCGUAUCUUGAUCUAUUUAUCUCCAUUGCUGUUGUUGAGAGUUACAUGAUGAUUGUGGCUUCAUUGGUGCCUAAUUUCUUGAUGGGAAUUAUUGCUGGAGCUGGACUUAUAGGAAUUAUGAUGAUGGAUGCAGGAUUCUUUAGGCUGAUGCCGGAUCUUCCUGAGAUUUUCUGGCAAUACCCAGUUUCGUAUAUCAAUUAUAUGGCUUGGGCACUACAGGGUGCAUUUAAGAAUGAUAUGAUUGGCCUUGAGUUUGAACCUCGUGAGCCAGGUGAGCCGAAGCUCAAGGGCGAAUAUAUCCUCAAAACAAUGCUUGGCGUAUCUCUAAAACACUCUAAAUGGUGGGAUCUAGCAGUUGUUGGAGGAAUGCUAAUAUUCAGCAGGCUUCUCUUCUUUGUCAUUCUCAAGUUAAGAGAAAGAGCUCUUCCCAUGUUCCAAAAGCUCUAUGCCAAGAAAAAAAUUGAACAUCUCCAUGAGAGGGCUUCAUUUAGGAAAACACAGACUUUUCCUUCACUGAGGCAUCAAGCUGUACAUUCUUUAUCUUCUCAGGAGGGUCUUAACUCUCCACUUCACUGAGACACCUCAAUGCAGUUUGUAAUAGAAUUCCGAUGGUGCUACAUUUGAUUAAGAUACGACCACCUCUACCAUUCUUGUCUGUUGUAAUGGUUAUGUUAGUAUGUUUAUCUUUAGUUACUCUGAUCCUUCUUGCUCAGAAAAACUUAAAUUUAAUCAAGUUCUGUAGCUUCUCCAAAAUUUGUCUAGGUACAGAUGGAACUUAAACUGGUGAUUACACUCUUAUGCAUCGUUUAGUUGAAAAGAUUGAAAUCGGUUUGAAUGGACUGUGGAUUUGUACUACAAAUCUGAGCUAAAGUUCAAACCUCCUUGCUCAUUUUCUUUACCAUUGAGAAAAUUAUGCCUCUGAUGCAAACAUACUAGUAUGAAAAUUAUA